AAACUAACAAUUAUUUUUAUUUAUAGUAGAGAAAAUGAAUCUAAAACUAGAGUCAUUCAUUAAGAAAGUGAACAAACUACUUCAAAUCAAAAUAAUUAAAAUUCAAACCAGUAUGCUGGAUAAUAAUACAUAUUUAAUAAAUGAUACGAUCUAUGAUAAAAGAAGCAUAAGACAACUAAGAAAUCUCGAAAAUUUGUCUUUAUGGAAAUAUGUCGAAGAAGAACUUGUUCAAUCGUACUUCCCUACACUACCCAAUACAACAAUUUACGAUUUCAUUCUUAAUUCAACAAUGUACAGGAGUGAUAUAGAAUUCACUCUUAAAAAAGCAACAAAAAUCAUGGGCGAUCGAAUUUUUAAGUAUGCGAUUUUACUAAUGGUAUAUGCAUAUGAGGCACUAAGAAUUGAUUAUUGUAAAACAUUAUAUUGGGACGAUGUCAUGAAUUAUUUAAAUAAAUUGAGUGAUGCACUAUUAACGUUGAAUGGAGGCGAAAAAUUACAUAAACAAAUACAUAAAAUUAAUGAAGAAAUUAAGGAUUGCUAUAUAAUGCUUGUUUUUCAAAGAUUAGUAAAUGAGUAUGCAAAUAUUUUUUUAACGCCCCGAGAAAUUGAAAAAUGUUAUAUAAAAAAUAACUAUAGAUGGAAUAAUAUUAAAGACGAACACAUUCUGUCACAAAAUGUAUUAGAUAAAAUAUUAAAAGAAUUUUCGAAACCUCACAGAGACAUCGAGCCAUACAAAUUUAAACUGAUAUGUGAGAAGGAAAUAGAGAGAAAAUUUCAGCAAAUUUUUAUGUUAAUUGACGCAGAAUUUAAAAGAAUUCACAUAAUAGAAUUUGAUUUGAGUAUGACAGUACAUUUUUAGUAUUGUAGAUAUUUAUCAAAAAUAUUUAUAGUAAUUCUCAAUCACACUUGUAAUCAAUAAUUUAUUCAACCAUAUUAAAAUUAAUAAAAGACAAAAAUAAUAAUCGUUUAGAUAUGAAAUAAUUUAUACAUAUGACACUCGUAAGGUAUAU